AGCGAGUGAGCCUACAAACCAAUCAGCCAGCCAUGGUCGCCGCCGCCGCCACCACCUCGGACUGAGACCUCCCCAAAACCCUAGCCAGCCAACCAUACCCCCCACCCCGAUGGCGUUCCUGCCCCUCCCCCCCGCCCGCUCCGCCACCACGCCGGCCGUCUCCGCGCGCCACCACGGGGGCCGCACGGCCCCGGAGCUCUCGGGCCCCACCCCGCGCGUCGUCGUCGUCACGUCCGGCAAGGGCGGCGUCGGCAAGACCACCACCACCGCCAACCUCGCCGCCUCCCUCGCGCGCCUCUCGCUCCCCGCCGUCGCCGUCGACGCCGACGCCGGCCUCCGCAACCUCGACCUCCUGCUCGGCCUCGAGAACCGCGUCCACCUCACCGCCGCCGACGUCCUCGCCGGGGACUGCCGCCUCGACCAGGCGCUCGUCCGACACCGCGCGCUCCAGGACCUACAACUCCUCUGCCUCUCCAAGCCACGCUCCAAGCUGCCGCUAGCCUUCGGAUCCAAGACCCUCACCUGGGUCGCCGACGCGCUACGCCGCGCGCCCAACCCGCCCGCAUUCAUCCUCAUCGACUGCCCCGCAGGUGUUGAUGCUGGAUUUGUCACUGCCAUUGCCCCCGCAGAGGAGGCGGUGCUUGUUACUACGCCAGACAUUACAGCUCUCCGUGAUGCUGACCGUGUCGCGGGGCUAUUGGAGUGCGACGGCAUCAAAGACAUCAAGAUCAUUGUGAACCGAGUGCGACCCGACCUGGUGAAGGGGGAAGAUAUGAUGUCAGCGCUUGAUGUGCAAGAAAUGCUCGGGUUGCCGUUGCUAGGUGUGGUGCCAGAGGACGCGGAGGUGAUCCGCAGUACGAAUAGGGGUGUGCCUCUGGUUCUCAACGACCCGCCUACACCGGCUGGCCUUGCUCUGGAGCAGGCCACCUGGCGAUUGGUAGAAAGAGAUGCAAUGACAGCAGUCAUGGUUGAGGAGCAGGAGAGGCCCCAGAAGAAAGGUGGCUUCUUUUCAUUCUUUAGUAGUUGAGUCUGUGAGUUCAGUCGUGGACUUUAGACUGUAGAUGGUGUAUAGGCUCGCAAUCUGGAGUUUCCGAUUCUUUUCCGUUUUGGUUUUGCUCUGUUGCUAGUGUAGGGAUUCAUUCCUUGUGAUGGAGCAGAAGAAAUAUGUGUAGUUUUAUUAUCAGAGGAUCUGGUAGUAUUCUGGUUUUACGUGAUGAGACUUUGGUUGGCUUCAUUGUUGCUGUGCUGGUUGUGGAUAAUUUACGUGAUGAGUCAUUGUAGUUUCUUUGAGA